UUAGCUGUAGCCGCAGGUGAUAGCCAAGUACUGGGAAACGCUCGGCAGCUGCGGGGAACUCGCUUUUUCUCUUUUUGACCAGAAGGGACUGUUUGGAUGUGCUGGCUGAUCUCGUUCGGUGGCGGCGCCGGACUCCGGGCUUCGACUGCUUCGUCCUCGCUUGUUGGAUGAAACAGUAACUCACCUGGAAGUCCCCGGUCCCGUCGACGCUCCUUCCCAGUUUGAGGCGCUAGCAGCAGGAGCUGCGUCGGCGUGAGACUUCCGCGGUUCGCUCACCAGCGAGCACAACCACAACAGUUUCUGCUUAUGCGGCCCCGGGCGUUUUGAGCCAUGCCUGGCCACAGCUCAGGGGCUCCCCAGACGUCCCGCCACUCAAAGCAUCACACCUCCACCUCUCAGGGCAACCACAAACCAAGUCGAACUAUAUACAGGGAGAGCACGGGCUUACCUGACCUCAGGGAUCUUCAUGGGGAACAUUUCCGCGAGCACCACAACGACCACCCUCGGCAUUCGGAGAGCAAGAAUGGCCCCAGUAGAAGAUACCCGCGAAACGGCACGGCCCGGGGCUCAGAGACUAUAGGAUUUAUUCCAGGGUCGGCUGACAGCGCGCCGGCCAGCAGGCCCUCAUGCGGCUCCUGCCCCUCUAUGGGCUGGAGUGGCUGCAAAGCCUUGCUCUGCCGUAUGCUCAAUUGUGGCUGUUGUGGCAGCCGAGAGACCUCUCUGCCCGUUAACGAGAGCUCAACAGACCACCCACCCAAAUUAGGCGGUGAGCCUUCUAACGGCAUGGCUCUGACCAACCCAACCUGUGGUGUCUCCAUGGAGCCCGGCAAGCCCACCAAAUCUGCCAGGUUACCCACCAGCGAAAGUUUUCGCUACCAAGACGUUCGUUUUAGGGGCGAGAUUGUAAAUUAUCCAGUGAAUCCUUCCAAACGGACCCGUCCUCCCGCAAAAGGGGAAAGCCAUAGACCGAUCAGCAACACCAGCCUCUUGUCCAACGACUGCUACGACUUGGACGACCCGUGCGACAGCACAGAUGUUGACUCUCUUAUCACCAAGAAGCUCUUGGAGCUGUACGCCUUCCAUCAGAUCGAAGAGCUCGCCAAGUGUACGUCCGAUUCCUCUUUCUUCCGCAAGACGAACGAGAUAAGCGACCUUAUCUACAACAUUGCCCAGAACUACAACCUGGAGGAACAGGAGGCUGAGUGCAAGCUGGUGCACGGGGUCAUCCGCAUCAGCACGAGGAAGGCCAAGAAGAAGACCAGCCACCAGUUGACCGGGCAGCGUCCUAACGGCAGGAACGACGGGACUCUGCCCGAUAGCGGCAACGAGACCAUGACCCAAACCUUCAUGAGCAGUGAUUUUCCAGAGGUGAAAGUGUCUGAGCAAACGCCGUCAGACGAGCUGGCGAGGAAAAUGAGACAAUACGGCUCAAGAACAUAUUCCUCCAGCACUUCCACAGCCUACUCUCCCUACCAGCACGACACCGGGACAAACUCUUCAGGAGCUCCUCUGCUGAUUUGAAACGCUACGCAGAGAAUCAAAUGUCUAUAUGCUGACAAAUCAUGUAGCCUCCUUUCAUUUAAACUGUUACUGAGCAGAGCACCUAUAUCCUACAUGGGUAUAGUUCUCCUUACAUUGGUCAAAAUAUUUUUUUAUCUUUCCUUUAAAAACGACCAACAGAGGAGCUUUUAUUUUGUUAUUUUUGUCAUUUUCUCAUGGCAGAGGGAUGUAAGUUUUUUGUUUUUUAUCAGCGCAGUGUUUGAGGUUUAGACCGUAAAGGCUCAGCAUCCAGGAGGCCAGAGCAUCGAGGCAGGAGAGAACCGUCCUCAUUCUUGUCUUUGUUUUUGUUUAUACAAGUUGUCUUAUUCUGCAUGUACAGCUUAAUGUCUCCUACCAUUUCGCUCGACUGCUGAGGGACACUUUGGUUUGUUUCACCCGCAGACUGUAUUGUGAAAAGCCAUAUUUUGAUGUACAUAUCAUGUCAAUGUUACUCUGUAACCUUUUGGAUUUGUUUUUUUUAUAUAUAUAUGUGAUCCAACAAUUCAUGUUUUGAACAAAAUAAAAGUUUUAGUC